UUGGUUGUAAACAGUUUCAAGUGCGCAUAACACCGCACAGUACGGCAUAGCAGAGCACGGCCAGCGAGCGCACGGCGUUUGUGUUUUGAAUGUGUUUGUGCAAACUUUAAGUUUUCAACUGAAAUUUAAUUCAUAAAAUGAGUUGAAAUUAUAGUCAACUGGAAAGCUGGAAAGUUGCAUUGAAGAACUAUAUGGACUAUACACAUAUGUACAUAAAUACAUAUACAUAUGCAGUGUGUGUCUACAGAAUUUCCGUUUGAAAAAUCAGCCGGUAAAGCGUAAUUUGAAACUUGUUUCCUCAAGUUUGUUCAAUGAUGCUGCACAAAUGCAGUAACGGUAUAUUUUUAAAUGGAAUAAAUUUAGAAAACAUUUUUUCUAAACAACAACAAAAAUUUGUGUGAAAUUCCUGCAAAAAAGAAAUGUGAAAAACGCUACCAAAAAUAACAGUGAAUUCAAAUUGUUUUGCCUUUGUGUUAAGGCUGCGAAUUCUCGCUACUUCCGCUGAAAAGUUCAGCGAUUUAUAAGCAUAAAUAAAUUUAAUAUAUAAUCAUGGCAAAUAUCAGCGUUUCAACUUUGAUCUCCUUCGAUUCGGCGGAAACCACAACAAGUGAUUUCAUUGCGAAUCUCAGCUCAACCACAGCACCAAGCAUCAUCGAGCAGUCCUUGGCGUUGUAUCACAAUCGGCGGCGCUUCUUGUUCAGCGGCAUUGUGCUGCUGCUCGGCGUUAUUGGCAACUCCUUGGCGCUGGCGAUUUUGGCGCGUAAAAAGGCGACGAAGAACAGCAAAUAUACGUUGUUGUUGCGUUGCUUGGUGUCGAAUAACCUUAUCGGCCUGCUCGGCAUAUUAACAACGUUAAUGCUUAAAAUAUAUGUUCCCGAGGAUGAGUUCAAGGCCUACGUGCGUUGGGAUUGUACGCUCAAAGUUUUAUGUCGCUUCUUUGGACUCAGUUCCGGUUGCAUUGCGGCAGUGAUGGCGAUUGAACGCUUUAUGGCGCUAGCCAAACCAUUCAUUUAUCAUAAGCACAUCACGUACGCGCUUGUUCGUAAAACCAUCAAUUUAUUGGUGUUUAUUGCGGUGGUCGUCACGUUUUUGCCCUUCACCGGUUUUGGCGCCUACAUCGAUGAGAGUAAUCCAGCAAAUCCGAAGUGUUUGCGUUACCGCGAUGCUGAGGGAUUUUGGAAUAAAACAUACUCCGUGUUGUUUAUGUCUUUUGGCACCCUUUUGUGCGUCGUAAUUGUUGCUUGUAAUUUGUUCGUGAUGCGUGCCCUGUGUGUAAUUAGCCGCAAGCGUGCCAGCAAACGUCACAUCCACUACGACACGCUGCAACGUGAUAAGGGCAGCAUACAGUGGAUCGAAGGCAAAUCGAGCAGCAGCGGCUCGUCACUGUAUCACCGCAGCAAUAGUGGCACCAUGACAGCCAAUACGUCCCCCGAUGAGAUUAAAUUCGCCAAACUGAUGGCGUUCCUCAGCAUCUCCUUCGUGAUCUGUUGGAUGCCGCAAAUGAUUGCCAUACCCAUGGCUAUUCUACCGAACCGUGUGCCGAAGGCGCAUCCUUUCUUCAUUUUGGCCGACGUGCUGAUGGCAUUGAAUUUCACCUUCGACCCGUACAUCUACGUGCUAAGCCGCACCAAACAGUCCCACCUAAUGGGUUGCAUUAAGGACUGUCGCUGCUAGCUGUAAUGGUCACAAACUGAAGGACUGAGGGGCUGAACAGUUUGAUAGCGGUUUGUCUACUCGAAAACUUGCACUUUAAGUUGAACUGAUUGAGAUUUUACAUUGUACAUAAUACUCAGCUACUGAAGCCUAUAAGGAUCUGCUACAAUGUUUUAUAUACACAAACUUACAUACAUAUGUACAUAUAUUGUACAUAUAAUUUUAAUAUAUAAAUACUACGAAAAAAUUCGAUGAACAAACCGAAAAAGCAGCUUCAAGCUUUUAAAAUAUGUAAAGAUUUGUUGUUACUGUUAGGAAAGCUUGCACCGCUGGCGGUGUAACUCGCACUUUCUACCAUAUUUUGAGUUGCUUUGAGCAUAAAUGCCUUUUUUAUUGAAAUUGUACUUAAAAUUUUUUUUUUAAAAUUUUAUUUACAAAGUCAUGGCUGGCAAUUUUUAUUACUGUUGCUUAAUUUUCUAUAAGAAAAUUUAACAAACAUUUUUAAGUAUUAAAUAAUAUUUGAUUAGAGUAUAUUU